ACUUCCCUACUUAUAUGCACCGUGAACUGGUGAGCGAACGUGGUUAUAAUUUUUAUCAUCAAACUGAGUUUAUUCUCACUGUAUUCGAUGGUAGAUGUGGUUUAUUUAGGCUCGUCCAUUACUCGUUGGGGUUCUUAAUCGAUUGAUUGUGCUUACAGUUACAUUUUUAGUUUUAACUUUCGAAGAUGCCUCGUGCUAAGAUCGAGUUGGACGAUGAUCAGAAGUUCGCAUUAAUGAAGUUUAGAAGAAGCAUCAAUGAUAUCAUACAACCUCAACAUGAUGAUCAUUACCUACUUAGGUGGUUACGAGCAAGAAAUUGGAAUCCCACAGAUGCCGAGAAAAUGUUUCGAGAAUCGAUGAUGUUUCGGAAGCAGUGGGAGCUUGAUACGAAUUUACUACUAUGGGAUCCUCCAGAAGUUGUCAAGCUCUAUCAUCCAAGUGGUACCUGCGGAUAUGACAAAGAUGGAGCACCUGUGAUCGUCGUCCCAUUCAAAGGCUUCGAUCCAAUCGGUCUUUUGAGCUCAGCUUCCAAAUUGGAUCUUAUAAAAAUGACAUGCAAAAUAUUAGAAACCAAUGUAAGAUUGGCAGCAGAAACACAAGAACAUCAGCUGGUUGUAAUUUUUGAUAUGGAAGGAUUCGAUAUUAAACAGUAUGCUUCUAGACCAGCUGCUGAGAUAGCUAUAUCACUCGUUCAAUUAUAUGAAGCAAAUUAUCCAGAAAUACUAAAACAAUGCUACAUUAUAAACGCGCCCAGAGUAUUUUCUAUCGCUUUCAGUGUGAUAAAGAGAUUCAUGAACGGAUACACUUUGAGUAAAAUACAAAUUUUUAAAAAUGAUCCUAAAAAGUGGAAGCCCGCUAUUCUAUCAAAUAUUUCUCCUGAUAACCUACCAGCUCAUUACGGCGGUAAUCUCAAAGACCCCGAUGGUAAUCCAAAAUAUACCACAGUGAUAAAACCUGGUGGAAAAGUUCCUGAAUCUUAUUAUAAGAAAAAUAUCGAAACCAUAGAUUACGAAAAGGAAUAUACUAAAGCUGUGAUAAAAAAAGGAAAUAAGUUAAUUUUAGAUUUUAUUGUUGUCGAAGAAGGCUGUUAUUUGAGGUGGGACUUCAGAACCGAUGAGCACGAUAUCAAAUUUGGAAUUACUUUACAAGACGAAAAUGGAGUUGAGAGUCCUGUGGUGCGUCAUAGGAGAGUCGCAUCGCAUCAGAUGGACGAAAGCGGUGCUAUAGCGUGCCAAGCACCAGCAACAUAUAUAGUAACUUUUGACAACAAAUACAGCAUGUUUAGAAGCAAAACUAUCCAAUACCGAAUCUACGUAACGUCUCCUAUAGAGAAGUUGGGCAUCGUUCCAAACGAUGAAGAGUUGAAUAUAUUAAAGUCGAAUUUAAACGAAGAUGUAAAACAGUCCAAAAAUGAUCCCUUAAAUAAUAAUAUGUUAGAAGAACCGAAAGUUGUAGGAGUAAAUUGUUAAAAUCUUCUUUGGUGUUAGGUGAUAAAGUUUUAAAAAUGUUAUUUAUAAGAAUCAGUGUUUUAGAGGUAUAUGUAAUGAAAAUUUGUUACUAGGAAGAAAUUUAUUAGCAAUAAAUGUGGAUCAAUUAUAAGUACUGUAUUUUUAAAAAUUUAAUUGGACCACAGACAUUUUUAAAAAUAAAUUUUUUCAAAUAU